UUUUCUCAUUGGCUCAUAAUUUGAAUAGUCAACUCUUUAACCAGUCAGUCAGUCGUGUUGUGCGAACUCGUUUUGUUUUUCCAAAAAGCGCCCAUCUUUGAUUAAUUCUUUUUUUUUUUUUUAAAUUCCACAGAACUUUCUCUACUACAACGUCUAUAUAUCUCAUCGCCUAUCGUUACAACAACAACCCAACACCUACUUUCUCAUUGUCAUAGCAUAACAUAGCAACCACAACUCUCUCUCUCUCUCUAAAUUUCUGAAAAAAAAAAACUCUGAUCUCUCUCUCCAUGGAUCCUGCUGUUAAUGUGCCUAGAUGGACACCAAGUCCUAGCCCAACAAGAACCCUUUUAAAGGAGCCCAUAAGAAGUGACAGUGUUGAGAGUAUUGACACAGAAAGCUUGGCUUCAGAGGAAGCAGACAUGUCAUUUGACAGCGGAGUUACAAGCUUCCCAUUCAGCAGCACUCCCCAUUCUAGUACUACCAGUCCUCCGCCACAUCAUCAAUAUGUUGGUCCUAAUACUAAUAAUGGCCGAUCCACUAGUCCUCCACCGCCUGUAGUACUACCCCGUCCUCGUUUUGUUCCUAACACUAGUGCUUCUACUAGUCCGCCACCGGUUGUAGUCACCCAUUUCGAAGCGCCGUCUCUGAGGGUUGAUGAUUCCGAUAUCAAACGGCCGCUGGAGGUGGAACAACGCGUCACGGUGGCGCCGGUUAGGAGGGCGGAAGAGAAAGUGAUUAGGUUUGAUGAUGUUCCUUUGAAAUUUUCAAGGGGUAGUGGUGUUUACAUGACAUGGACGGAUUUGUGGGUGACGGUGCCGGACAAGAAAGGCAGUCGCCGCCCUAUCUUGCAGGGGCUUACCGGGUACGUGGAACCCGGUGAGGCUUUGGCCAUCAUGGGACCUUCUGGUUGUGGCAAGUCUACCCUUCUUGAUACAUUGGCAGGGAGAUUAGGUUCCAAUAUGAGGCAGACUGGAGAAAUCUUGAUCAACGGUCGUAAACAAUCGCUUGCCUUUGGCACUUCGGCCUAUGUGACACAAGAUGAUACAUUAAUGACGACAUUAACAGUAAAAGAAGCAGUGUAUUACUCAGCUCAGCUUCAACUUCCAGACACCAUGUCAAGAUCAGAGAAGAAGGAAAGAGCAGAGGCCACAAUAAGAGACAUGGGCCUGCAAGAUUCCAUGAACACAAGAAUUGGAGGGUGGACGAAAAAGGGUCUGAGUGGUGGACAAAAGCGAAGAGUCAGCAUUUGCAUUGAAAUCUUGACCCGCCCAAAGCUCCUCUUCCUGGAUGAGCCCACCAGUGGGCUAGACAGUGCAGCCUCUUUCCACGUCAUGAACCGUAUUAUCAAACUUGCCAAACAAGACGGAAGGACAGUCAUUGCUUCUAUCCAUCAGCCUAGCAGUGAAGUCUUUGAACUCUUCCACAAUCUCUGCCUUCUCUCCUCUGGCAGGACUGUCUAUUUUGGUUCCACUUCAGCAGCAAAUGAGUUUUUUGCUAUAAAUGGCUUCCCAUGUCCAUCUAUGAGGAAUCCAUCUGAUCACUACCUCAGAACAGUCAACAAGGACUUUGAUGCUGACAUUGAACAAGGAUUUGGCGGGAAAACAAGCACAGUGGAAGCUAUAAACAUUCUUGUCAAGUCAUACAAGUUAUCAGAAGCUUGCCAGCAAGUUCAACACCGAGUACACCAGAUAUGCCAACAGAAUGGAGGAACAUUGGAGAAGAAGGGAAGCCAAGCCGGCUUCAUCAAUCAAUGCCUUGUUCUUACUAGGAGAUCUUUCGUGAAUAUGUAUCGCGAUCUUGGCUAUUAUUGGCUUCGUCUUGCAAUUUACAUGGCCUUGUGCUUGUGUGUGGGGACUAUUUUCUAUGACAUUGGAUCAACUUAUGGUUCAAUUCAGGCUAGAGGCUCAAUGCUCAUGUUUGUUGGAGCAUUCUUGACUUUUAUGGCCAUUGGUGGAUUUCCUUCUUUUGUGGAGGACAUGAAGAUUUUUACGCGGGAAAGAUUAAAUGGGCACUAUGGAGUGGUUCCAUUUGUUGUGGGGAACACAUUUUCUUCCAUUCCUUAUUUGCUAUUGAUCUCCGUGGUACCUGGAGCAAUGGCUUAUUACCUUGUUGGGCUUCAAAAGGGAAUUGACCAUUUUAUCUUCUUUGCUCUGCUGCUCUUCGGCUGCAUGAUGCUGGUCGAAAGCCUCAUGAUGAUCGUGGCUAGUAUCGUGCCAGAUUUUCUCAUGGGCAUCAUCACCGGGGCAGGAAUCCAAGGCGUGAUGAUGUUGAAUGGAGGCUUUUUCCGACUGCCAGAUGAUCUCCCCAAGCCAUUCUGGAGGUACCCAAUGUACUACGUCGCCUUCCACAAGUACGCGAAUCAAGGGUUCUACAAGAAUGAGUUCAUAGGACUGUCAUUCCCUAACGAGCACAUAGGAGGGCCAUCCACCAUUACAGGGGACCAAAUAUUGAGAAACGUUUGGCAAGUCGAGAUGGGUUACUCUAAGUGGGUAGAUUUUGCCAUAUUGAUAGGAAUGGUCCUCCUUUAUAGGUUCAUGUUUGUGGCAAUUUUGAAGACUGUUGAGAAGGUUAAGCCAAUGAUCAGAGCUCUUAUGACCCCUUCUCCUAAGAACUCAACUCACAUGGAAGAUCCCACUUCAUCACCUUGACAUGAAUCAAGAAUCAAGAAUGCCUUUCCAAUUAAUUUUUUUUGUAAGUUUGCAGUGUAAAGUGUUACUUCCAAGUGUAACCAAGGUCCAUUUUUUUUUUUUUUGGUUCAAGUGUAACCAAGGUUGGUGAUGAAGACCAAUGACUUGUUGGUCUACUGGUGUGAGAUAUAUGGAAUUGUUUGUGAAAUAAUUAGGAGUGAUUAGAGUUCCAGAAUGAAAAGUAUUUGAUGUUGAGUUUCAA